AUGCAAUUUUCAAAGUCUCUCGCUCUGCUGUUCUCGAAUAUUGCACUGGGCUCAGCGGGGAUGGGAUGCGGCAACGCAAACGCCUGCCUCGGCACCGAGUUCUGUGCCACAGCUACCUUCACGGCGCCUACUUCUACCACUAUCACGACCUGCAUCCCGACACCCACUUGUCUGGGUGUUUACGGUAAGUACUAG